AAAAGCGGAAGUACCGUUAGCUUUCCUCCUGCUAGCCUGAGUAGCUAGCUGUUGGAGUAACUCAACGACUGUAGAAAACAGUCAUUGGAGUAACAUGUCUGCUGUUCAGCGUCUCGGAGAGUUUAUCAGCGAGGAGGAGGAGGACUCUGGUGACGAGGAGCCUCACAGAGCAGCGUGUCUGUGAGGAGGAGGAGGUUCUCUCUGAGCAGCAGCUCUGGAACCAGGAGAGGAGCUCCAGUGUGGAGCAGGAGGAACCAGAACCUCCACAGAUUAAAGAGGAACAGGAGGAACUGUGCAGCAGUCAGGAGGAAGAGCAGCUGGGACUGAAGGAGGAGACGGAUACCUUCAUGGAGUUUGAGUGCAGCACCAACGAUGAACACACAGACGUCCCACAGCAGCAUGUCUGUGAGGAGGAGGAAGUCCUCAUUGACCAGGAGAGGAGCUCCAGUGUGGACCAGGAGGAACCAGAACCUCCACAGAUUAAAGAGGAACAGGAGGAACUGUGCAGCAGUCAGGAGGGAGAGCAGCUGGGACUGAAGGAGGAGACUGAUACCUUCAUGGUGACUGCUGCUGAGGAAGGAGACCACAGUGAACCAGGAGGAGACGAGGAGCAGCUCCUCUCUCACAGCUCUGCUGGAGCUGAGAGUCAGCAUCUGGAAGGAGGCAGGAGUGCAGACUCAGGACGUCUGAAAUUAGAAACAGAAGUGACAGCAGGAGGUUCCCCUACAUCAGAGAGUCGGUGUAACUCUGACACGGGUAAAAAGCCUGUAAACUGUGAUGGUUGUGGGAAGGACAGAAUCCACACAGCUGAAGAGUGUGGGAAAAACUUCAGCUCUCGCUCUCACCUGAGCCUCCACGUGAGAGCCCACACAGGCGAGAAGCCGGAUUCAUGUGAAACACGGAAAAAGGAGAAAUCCAUGUGAAAGGUGGACUGUUUCCAUGGCAACUUUCUGUCUGUCCUAGCCCAAGAUGCUCGUACAACAGAAACUCUCAAACUCAAGAACAGUUAAGAGAUGGGAGCGGUAUUCUGUGAAACAGAGUAAAGGUUUCAUUUAAAGCAGUGAAACAGGAAAAGCUGCCUGAUGUUUAAGUGAAGCUGUGCUUUCAGCAGUCACACGUCUCUGUGCAGAUUAUUCAUAAAUACUGUCUGAUUUUAUCUGUUUUUGCAUCCUUUUUUAUUUAUUUUAUACUUCAAAUUGUGUAAUAAACAAAAUCAGAUGAUAUUUGUCUUUGAAUGUGACGAAACCUAAAACUACAGCUGCCUUCUAACUGUGCUGUUUCCACAUCAGGACAGAAUUAAUAAAACUCAAAAUGUCCCAGAUGCUGUUAAACAGAGCAGAGAGCUUUAACAAACAUCCUGCUUUUAUUUUGGAUGCUUGUAAUUUGAUGGAUGGAAGGUGGGGGAGAGGUCCUUAUCUACACAGUGAUGGUAAUUGUUCUGACCAUUAGAGAAAUCAUAAUGUUAAUGAAACUCUGUAAAGCACCGGUAUAAAUAAAUAAAUAAAAAGUAUGCUGAUAUUGGAACAGUCAGCUCAUAGCACUCACAAAGAGUAGAUCACUCCUGCCUGAGUGCUGAUGCAGCAGAGGGGAAGUAGGUCACCCCUCCCUCCCUCACCUCCAGCUGUUUUCCUCCCAGACUGAAAGAAACCAGUUCAGCAGCUGUCUGCAGCCCAGAUGUUUCCUCUGUAGUGUAUGUGUAUAUUAAACUGUUUCCUGUGUGGGUCUAGUGUCACUGCUUUGUUCAUGAUGGCCUCUCUUACAGUGAACAUGAACGUGGAUGUUUUAUAU